AUGUCUCAAGAGCAAUGUUACAAUUGCAAGACUUUUGGGCACUUUGCAAAGAAUUGCAAUAUUCCAUCAGCAAAUUCCUCACCUUCUCCAAUAAUACCUGACUCACCCACAACACAGUGUGGGUACUGUAAGCAACUUGGUCAUUCAUCCAGAUUUUGCACCUCACCAACUUCAAGAAACAUGAGAAGAAUCAAUGCUAAUGGAGUAAACAAAUCCAGUGCACCAACUAGAUUUAUGGCAGUCCCAGUCUCACCUGCAUCAACAUCAAACUCAUAUGCAUUAGAUGUACCUGGUGGUAGUUCUGCACCAAAUAUUGCUGAUAUUCAAGAGAUGAUUAAACAAGCACUCUGA